GCUCGCCUCCUAUUGGCCGAGCCUCCCGCCGCUUCCUGCUACGUAGUGCCAAACAGUGUGUAGUCCUGUGUGUGUAGUCCUGUGUGUACCUCUGUGAGCGGAUGCUAGCACGGUGACGAACACACCUGCACAGGUACCUGUCCCCGCGAAACCUCCACCCGGUCCAACAUGGCACAGUGCUCCGAGGACGUGAGCUCCGCGGUGAACGGAGAGCCGAGCAAGGCGAGGAAGGUGGCGGUGAUCACCGGCAUCACCGGACAGGAUGGUUCCUACCUGGCCGAGUUCCUGCUUUCUAAAGGCUACGAGGUUCAUGGUGUUUUGCGUCGAUCCAGCUCUUUCAACACGGGUCGCAUUGAGCAUCUUUACCAGAACCCACGGGCCCACACUGAAGGCAACAUGAAGCUGCAUUAUGGCGAUCUGACCGACAGCACCUGUCUGGUGAAGAUCAUCAACCAGGUCAAGCCUACAGAGAUCUACAACCUGGGCGCUCAGAGUCACGUCAAGGUCUCCUUCGAUUUGGCCGAGUACACCGCCAACGUGGACGGCGUCGGCACGCUUCGUCUCUUGGACGCCAUUAAGACGUGCGGCCUGACCAACAGCGUCAAAUUCUACCAGGCCUCCACGAGUGAGCUGUACGGCAAAGUCCAGGAGAUCCCUCAGAAGGAAACGACGCCCUUCUACCCUCGCUCACCUUACGGUGCCGCGAAGCUCUAUGCCUACUGGAUCGUGGUGAACUUUCGAGAGGCCUACGACAUGUUCGCUGUCAACGGGAUCCUCUUUAACCACGAGAGCCCGAGGAGAGGUUCAAACUUUGUGACGCGUAAGAUCAGCCGUUCUGUGGCAAAGAUUCACCUUGGCCAACUGGAGAGCUUCAGCCUGGGCAACCUGGACUCCAAGAGGGACUGGGGCCACGCCAAGGACUACGUGGAGGCUAUGUGGCUGAUGCUGCAAAAGGAGGAGCCGGAGGAUUUCGUCAUAGCGACGGGGGAGGUCCACAGCGUGAGGGAGUUUGUGGAGAAGGCCUUCAAACAUGUGGGGAAGACUAUUGUGUGGGAAGGAAAGGAUGAGAACGAGGUUGGCCGUUGCCAGGAGACAGGGGUGGUACAUGUGAAAGUGGACCCGAAAUACUUCCGUCCUACUGAAGUGGACUACCUACAGGGUGACAGCACCAAAGCAUACGAGCAGCUGGGCUGGAAGCCAAAGGUGACAUUUGAGGAGCUGGUGAAGGAGAUGCUGGAAUCCGACAUCGAGCUCAUGAAGAAAAACCCAAACGCUUGAGGCCAAACACUCCUUUUGUUCUGCCACGGGGACCAGCAGUGGAAGGAACACGUCGUAUUUUUUUUACCUUUCUGACUUUUCCCAAAUGAAGUACUUGCGUCCUUUUCUUCUUCUUCUUCUUUUUGUUUCAGUGGUUAAACUGUUUUUUGCCUUUUUGUGUCUCGUGUCUAUUCUGAGCGCCACGCCACUUUGAUUUGUUCUGUUAUCACAUAGCAGAGAUGCCUUUUAUAUUACAACACCGAUCAUGUCAUAAUUUAUAGAGAUGGCAAGUUUUAUGGGUUUAUUUAUAUUUGUGUUUGUUUCUUUUCAGCGUUGAUUUUUUAGAUUUUGUUUUUUUUGUUUUUCUUUCAGAAUGGCAGACUAUAUGAAUAUAUAAGAAGGAUUAAGAUUCUAUCUUUUACUGGAAAAUAUGAAUCAACGGGUUUAUUAAUGACAAUUAAUGAACAAAUUAAAAAAGAAAUUUGGUACAAUAAAAAAAAAAAAGAU